AUGGACGGGUUGUUCACUUUGCUCAGCCUGUGCAUUGUCAUGGCUGUGGCAUCUUUCCUUGCAGGCAUCUUGCCACUCUCAUUGGGCCUCUCACAACCAAAACUACGCUUCAUAUCAACAAUCGGUAUGGGUGUACUAGUUGGUACGUCACUGGUUGUCAUUAUCCCUGAAGGGGUGGAGACUCUUUACAGUGCCUCUGAAGUCGGACACGCGCAUGCGCAACUCAAAAGGCAUGUACAUGCGCGCGAGAUAGACAUUCGAUGGAGCCAGUCUGUUGCAGCUCAACCGCUUCACGAGAUCCGAGCGCGAGAACCUGCCGAUUUGAGUCCCUUCGAUGUUCCCGGCCCUGUCCUUCCGUCCGAUCUGGAUCUGGAGGCGCCACCACGUACUCCUACAAAACCUGGGGUGGUUGGUGUCAUGAAUGUUGACGGAAAGGGAGAAACGCAGGCCGACAAAGACUAUAGCAGCGGGGAAGAGGAGGAGGAAGAGGUACAUAAGGAAUCUCACCAUGCAUGGAUCGGAGUUGCGUUGUUGGCUGGAUUCAUGCUCAUGUACUUGGUUGACAAAGUACCACAAUACAGUCAACCGGCAAAACAAAAGUCGAGGACACAUCAUAUUGCCUUGAACAAUCUGGGCCGCAGAUUCAACUUCACUACAUCUUUGGAUCGCGACGAAGAAUCGGACUCCUUCAUAGACUCGACUGAAGGGCGCCACGUCCAGCAACGGAGCUUCGCAACUACCAUAGGUCUGGUUAUUCAUGCAGCUGCUGAUGGAAUAGCCCUGGGAGCAUCUUCAACUGCAACGACAUCUGGACUGAGCUUUGUGAUAUUCUUUGCGAUCAUGAUUCACAAGGCACCAGCGGCGUUUGGGCUGACGUCCGUCCUUGUCAAGCAGGGGCUGUCCAAGAGAACAGCCCGAGGGCAUCUGAUCCUCUUUAGUCUGGCUGCACCAACUGGAGCGAUCUUUACGUGGUUGCUUGCCCACCUACUUGGCGGUGGCCAGAGUCAAAGUGCACAGACUACCAGGUGGUGGACGGGGAUGCUGUUGCUGUUCUCUGCAGGGACGUUUCUUUACGUGGCCAUGCAUGCGAUGCAAGAGAGCUCUGGCUCGCUCCAUGAGGGGAUGAAUGGAAACGCAAAUGGCUACAUUGAUGGGCGGGAAAGCACGCCGAGUGAGCCCAAGCCGUCUUGGAAAGAUCUUGGAGCAGCUUGCUUCGGAAUGAUUCUGCCAUUGUUUUUACAGGUUGGGCAUGCUCAUUGA